UCCGUAAGUCUGUAUAAACGAAUUCAAGCCAGACCGUCACUGUUUCUGUUCGAGCUUAUACUAGAAGUUGAAUGACACGUCGAAAAACGAACAACUGCGUAUGGAGCAGUGCAUCUAUCGAAAUCCUGUUGCCUGAUACAAUUCUGACUUGACACGAAUAAAAAGGGGAUUUUGAUUGUGGCCAUAUACCAGUCGAGCACCGUCGCUGGCAGCUUCUUCAACGCUCCACUCCUACAGAUAUAAUCUGCCAGCUCAACAUGCGUCUCACUUUAUUGACCACUUGUUUGUUUGGUUUCUUCGUAUUCGUCUGUCCGAAAUCAAUCGACACAAAUAUACAAGUGAGGUUCAACCUGCCCCACAUUUCAAUCAUCAAUGGAAUCCCAGCUCUAGCCGGUGAUUUCCCUUUCAUGGCAAGCCUAGUGCUCCCAUUGAACGCAAGCGUUGCUCGUUUCUGUGGUGGAACCUUGAUCGCAUCGUCUUAUGUUCUUACAGCAGCCCAUUGCGUUUUUGGGUAAGGCAUCCUGAACACUUAAUAUCCUCAGCCACAUAUUGGAAACGUUUUUCUUUGCUAAUGAAUCAUAUACAUAUCUUUCUCUAUAUUCAUUAGUCUGCCCAGUAGUGCCGUGAAUGGCUUCGUGUUCAUCAAUACAUUGAACAGGACUGGAGGAACCGGUUCCACCAAUAGAAGGGUAUCA